AGUGUGACAGCUGCUCUCGAGAGUAAUACUUAACAGAUACUUCCAAGUGAACAAGUAACCUUAAAAUAUUGCCAAUUAAACCCAAUAUCAAAACAACAAUCAAAACGCAUAUUGUGAUCAGAUAGCCUAAACAGAUAAAUCAGUUCCUCUUAUCAGAAAGCCUCUAAUCAACUGUACUAAACUGUACCGCUCUCAUCUACACCCCUACCCUAGGCAACCUUCUUAUCACCUCCUUCCUAAAUCUGGCGCCAAAUUCAAACGCUCAAACUUACACUUCACAUAUUAUUAUUAUUAUUUGAAAAAUAUAUCUUUUUAAAUAAUAAAAAAAAUCGUCACCAAUGUUCAGAUACGCCUUACACAAGUAUAUAUUUGAUAUAAAAUUGUAUAUAAUUCUAUAUACGUAUUAUAUAUUAUUAAUUUGCUGUAAGAGUAACUAUGUGAAUAAUAAUUAAAUGAUCAUACAAAUUGUGAAAUGGCGAAGUACACUUGGUCCAGGGAAAAUACUUUUGAACUCAUCCAUUUGUAUGAAAAGCAUGCGCUACUGUGGGAUAGGACCUGUAAAGAUUAUAAGAAGCGAGAGAAGAAAGUGAAUGUAAUCUUAAAUAUAGCAGAGAAGUUUGACACUACUAAAGAAGAGAUAAAUAGGAAGUUACACAACUUGCGAAACCAAUUAUCGCAGGAGUUGAAUAAGAUAAAGAAAAAGAAAGAUGGAGAUGAUUCUGAUGAGACUUACACCAGCAACUGGCCUUACUUCUCAGCUCUGAAAUUUUUAAUUCCAGGAUUGACAAAGCGAUCAGCUGUCACAAAUGUUGAUCAAUUAUCUAAAGAAAAAGUGUCUACACAGUAUUCAUCCUAUAGAGAAGAAGAAAGUAAAAAGAAGAUUAUAGAAGUAAUAGAGAGAAGAGGAAAGAAGCGUGCAAAAUUCGUAGCGGAAGAGGACUUUAAGGACUCUGCACAAAUUUUGUCCAAAGAACCAGAUGAUUAUGACACUUUUGGUGAAUAUGUAGCCAUGGAGUUGAGAAGUUUGCGCUCGGAUGAAAAUAAAAGGCGCCUGAAAGCUGAAAUUCGGAGAGCUAUAUGUCGCAUAGCGGAUUUGGAUGAUGCAACCAUCUAUGCUUCCUGUGCAUCACCUAACACAUCACAAUCAUGCCCAUUACCAUCAUCAUCAUCAUCAUCAUCAACGUAUCACAUACCAUAAACGAUAUCUGAUUGUAAUUAAAUAAUUUAAUUAAUUACUUUACAUUAAGUACUCCAGUAGCAAAUUUAUCAUUCAUAUUGUUUCUGAAAGUUGUAGUUUCAAGGUAACAUAAAGGAAGGAAUAUAUCUUUUAUUUAUAAUACUGUACAAAAUUAAAUUAAAAUACACAA